AUGUCACAUCAGAACCAAGCAAGUAAAAGAGCAAAAACUAUUCAUUCAUACUUCAAGAGAAAAAAUGAUGGUGAUAAAUUAGACAAUGAUAAGGCUUCUACAUUCAAUGAUAAGGCUUCACCAUCAAUUGAAUCACCUCAUCACACAUCUCCCAUAGUUGAACCCAACCAAUUUGAUGUUGCUUUUUUGGAACGAGACCCUGGGAAACGUAUUCAAAUAUCUGAAUACCAUAUUAAUCAACGUGAUGAGGUUCGACGUGCUUAUAUCAAAGUUGGACCUUACCAACCAAAAUUAUCAGAAUAUCCAAGGUCUCAGUUUGGGUCGCAAUAUCGUCGAUUUCAAUAUUCUUGGUUCUCCCAAUUUCCAUGGUUAGAAUAUUCCCCUUCAGAAGAUAAAGUCUAUUGUUUUCCAUGUUUUGUUUUUGGUAAUGGUCAUCCUGCAUUCACUACUGAGGGUUUUAAUCAUUGGAAAAGAGUUAAUGAUGGAAAGAAUUGUGUAUUUUUGACUCAUGUUGGAGGUCCAUCUUCAUCACAUAAGACGUGUGAAAGAUGUAUGGAGGAUUUGAUGAACCCAUCUCAACAUGUCGACAAAGUUAUUAAUCGACAAUCAAAGGAAGACAUUUUGAAAAACCGAUUACGGCUCAAGACAACGAUAGAGUGUGUUCAGUGGCUUACAUAUCAAGCAUGUGCUUUUAGGGGUCAUGAUGAAUCUUUGGAUUCUAAAAAUCAUGGAAAUUUUAUUGAAAUGGUCAAGCAUACAGCAAAGUUUAAUGAUGAGGUGGCUGGAGUUGUUUUAGAGAAUGCCCCAGGAAAUGCAAAGUAUACCUCACCCAAGAUUCAAAAGGAGAUUUUAAAUAUUCUCGCAAACAAAGUGAGAAAAAAAAUUCGUGAAGAAGUUGGGCAUGCUGCUUUUUGUAUCCUUGUUGAUGAAUCACAAGAUACGUCAAAUAGAGAGCAAAUGGCUAUUGUUUUAAGAUUUGUUGAUAGUGAUGGUUUUCUACGUGAACGUUUUUUUGACAUUGUGUGGGUUGAAGCCACUACUGCAUCAACACUUCAAAAAGAGAUCAAGAAAGUACUUGAUCUCCAUGAAUUAUGUAUUGAUAAGAUGAGAGGUCAAGGAUAUGAUGGUGCUAGUAAUAUGCGGGGUGCAUGGAAUGGGCUACAAGCAUUAUUUCUUAGAGAUUGCCCAUAUGCAUAUUAUGUACAUUGUUUUGCUCAUCAACUACAGUUAGCAUUAGUUUCAACAUCAAAAGAAGUGGCUACAAUUUGGUUAUUCUUUUCAUCAUUGAAUUCAAUUGUCAAUGUCAUUAGGGCUUCUCCAAAACGUCAUACUGAGUUACAAGUUGCUCAAUCAAUAAAUAUUGUAGAGCUGUUGAUUGCUGGUGAACGAGGGAUUGGUAGAGGAGCUAAUCAAAUUGGUACCUUGCAUCGACCUGGAGCUACUCGGUGGAGUUCUCAUUACGAUUCCGUUUGUGAUUUAAUAGAAAUGUAUGAUGCAGUUUGUACAGUUCUUGAGAAUAUAAAGGAGGAUGGAUCCACACGCUCCUUACGUGAGGAAGCUACUGGUGGAUACAAUGCGAUUAGGCAAUUCGAAUUUGUAUUCAUCUUGCAUCUAUUGAAAGAAAUUAUGGGUCUCACAGAUAUCCUUUGUCGAGAACUACAACAUAAGUCUCAAAACAUUGUGAAUGCUAUGAACCUAGUUGGUACAACAAAAGAUGUCCUUGGAAAAUUGAGAUUAAAUGGUUGGGAAACUUUUAUUAGGAAAGUAGAUUUGUUUUGCAGGAAACAUGACAUUGAUAUGCCUGAUAUGAAUGCUCAAUAUAAAGUGGGAACAGGCCGUUCUUGUCAGCAAAAGGACAAUAGUACAGUUGAGCAUCAUCACUUUGACAUAUUCAAUGAUGCAAUAGAUUUUCAAUUGGCAGAGUUGAACAGUAGGUUCAGUGAAGGGGCAAUGGAACUUCUUAUUCUUAGUUCAGCUUUGGACCCUAGUGAUUCUUUUAAAUCAUUUGAUAUUGAUAAAAUUUAA